CAUAUAAGACGCAGCUGGGGAUAGCUCGGUCUUUAAACACAAGAGGAGAGUCCACGCAAACAGACAUGAAAGUAUUCGCCGUUCUCACGUGCUGCCUGGCCCUGGCCAGCGCCAGUAUCUUUGACGAUGUUCUUAAGGCCAGCGACCUGGUCAAGAGUCUGAAGGAGGAGGGCAAGAAUGUCCUGGAACAGGGCAAGAAGAUGGGAGAAUCCUACAUCGAAUCUGCUGCCUCCCUUAUAAUCAGCGACAUGAUGAAGGCAAUGAACAGUGGGAAAGACGCUUCUGAGGCCCUGUUGAAGGAUGGCAGCGUCGCCAUUGAAGUCGCCAAGGCUUUUUUCGGCAGCAAGGUUGAGGAUUUGAAGGACCUGGUUGAGGUGGCCCACACCGAGCUCCAGGCCCUCACGGACUCCGUCAGCACCGGCGCCUUCAUUGGCGAGGGCCUCGACGCCCUGAACAAGAAGGCUGACAAGGUUAUCCAGGACUUUGAACAGAAAGUCCAGGGGAAGCUGAGCGAGAUGAGCACCGGCCUCAGCGGCGUGUUCCAGGGUCUUGUUGAGAAGUACCUGAAGAACGAAGCCCAGAAGGUGCUGUCUGGUAUCAGAAGCAGACGCUUCAUCAAGGACUUGUGGGAAAGUGUCAAGAACGCCACCGCCUCUGCCGGAAGUGCAAUUGCUGAAGCUUUUAAACCACACGUGGACACAGUCGUCAGCGCCGCCAAGACCCUCCACCAGACCCUGAAGGGCCACGCCAGCAACUUGUGGAACGCCGUCAGUGGUCACGUGAACACCCUGAGUGACAAGCUGUCCGGUCACGUGCAGGACUUGAAGGACAAGGGCAACCUCUUGGUUCAGCACGGCACAGACGCCCUGACUGCCCUUAAGGCUGCUGCCGCUGAGAUCCUUGGUCAAACUUUCCACAACAUGAACCACACAAUCCACGGUAUGAUCAACACUGGGAAAGAUGCUGCCGGCACCGUCGUCGACCAUUUCACCGGAGGAAAGUAAAUGACUUAAGAAAAUAAUGAAUUACCAUCGAUAUGUGACAUUGUGAAAAAGAAAAAUGCUUUUCUUUACUUCUUGUGCUUCAGCUCAAAAUCCAAAGUAAAUAAAGUAUUUAUAUAUCUAUAAAAAACGUACCGACAACAAAGCUGUUAUAAAUAUUUAUCAUGAUAAAUGACUCAUGUACAAAUCUA